AUCUUGAAUUGGAUGCAGAACAAAAUCAAUGGGAGACAUGAGAGCAAGAGAUGGACGGUUGGAUCGUCGUCUUCGUCGUCGUCGUCGUCUAAUCGUUUUCCCAUACAAGAACAUUGCAAAGAGGAAUUUAGUGAUUGGCCAGAUGGAUUGCUGGCUAUCGGGACUUUUGGAAACAACCAAUUAAAGGAAGAGAUCGAGCGACAUGAUCUUUCGGAAAAUCCAAUCCCUUCGUCGCAAGAUGAAGAUGAACCGUCGGAUUUUACAAAAGAAGAAGUGGGAAAAUUACAAAAUGAGCUAUUGAAGCUACUAUCGCGAAAACCAGUUGCUAAUGAGGAAGGAGAAAAGGUUAAUCUACCAUUGGAUAAGUUUCUAAAUUGCCCGUCGAGCUUAGAGGUGGACCGGACCAAUUGCCAGCAGUUUUGCAACCAUGAUUCGAAUGGAAUGGACAGUCAAGAUCUUUCGAGAAAUAGUAAUGUGGUAUUGAGUAAAGGCAAAGAAGUGUUUAUGGACAAUAACAAUGUUAUUAGACAAAGAUCGCUUUCGUUUCUUAUUAAGAAGAUGUUUGUUUGUCGAGGCGGAUUUUCGCCCGCUCCAAGCUUAAGAGAUUCAGUUCCUGAGUCGAGGAUGGAAAAGAUAUUAAAGACAAUACUACACAAGAAAAUAUACCCUCAAAAUUCAGCCUCCACAUCAGCAAGGAAAUGCCUACCGUACAAACAUACACUCAAGGAGCACUCAGAAGAUCAAACCCUUGAGAAAGCAAGGGAUGGAUGUAAAUGGGUCAAAACGGAUUCCGAAUUUAUUGUUCUGGAAAUCUAAAUCUCUCUGAAUAUCAGCUGGGGUAUGGACAUUGGAUUUUUCAAAUAUCUAGCUCAAUGCCAAGCAUUCAAACUUCAAAAUGGCCGUUUGAAUAAAAUCAGUCUGAAAAAAUGAGAAAGAUUAUGAUUAGGAUAUUACAAGGAUGAGAAAUUUGUACACAAGUGUGGGGUGUUCUGCUGGUGCUGCU